AUGAUGCAAUGUUCUCCCCUCCAAAAAAGGGAUCAAAGAAACUCUCUUCCCCAGACAGAAGGUUUGGUCCUAAUGGGAUCAAAGAAGAAAGUUCAAGUAUGGAAGAAAGCUGUGAUUCAUUUCUCUCUAUGUUUUGUAAUGGGUUUCUUCACUGGACUUGCUCCAGCUGGUAAGGCCUCGUUUUUCUCUAAUUUUCAAACCACCCCCUCUACUUCUACCAAAUCUCAGAUUCCUCCCCAACCUUUUCAAAACUUUACCUAUACACCCAAUUCUCUCGUUGAUAAAGCCUUGAUUAAUUCCCAAGUCCAAGCCCCUGCUCCUUCGGAGUCACGAGAAGCCGAACCAGAAACCAGAUCGCUCUCCGAGACAGAAGAAGAAGAAGUGACACCAAGAGGUCUAGUGAUUGUUGUAACUCCGGUAAUGACGAAAGAUCGUUACAAAAACGUUCUUCUUAGGCGAAUGGCCAAUACGUUGAGGCUAGUUCCGCCUCCGUUACUGUGGAUAGUCGUGGAGAAACAAGCUGAUGCUGAAGAAAAGUACUCUUCAUCUACAAUGUUAAGAAAGACUGGUCUCAUGUAUAGACGUAUAGUCUUCAAGGAAAACUUCACGAGCUUGGAAUCAGAGCUUGAUCAUCAGAGGAACUUAGCGUUGAGACACAUCGAGCAUCACAAAUUAAGCGGGAUAGUCCAUUUCGCGGGACUAAACAACAUCUAUGAUCUUGAUUUUUUCGAUGAGAUCAGAGAUAUCGAGGUAUUCGGAACUUGGCCAAUGGCGUUGCUAUCGGCAAAUAGGAAACGAGUGAUAGUAGAGGGGCCGGUUUGUGAAUCUUCACAAGUAUUGGGAUGGCAUUUGAGAAAUAUUAAUAAUGAGACAGAGACAAAGCCUCCGAUUCAUAUAUCAAGCUUUGCUUUCAAUAGCUCAAUACUUUGGGACCCUGAGAGAUGGGGUCGUCCUUCUUCUGUUGAAGGCACCAAACAGGAUUCGAUUAAAUAUGUGAAGCAAGUGGUUUUGGAGGAUGAUUCGAAGUUGAAGGGACUUCCGGCGCAAGACUGUUCUAAGAUUAUGCUUUGGCGUCUCAAUUUUCCAACAAGAACACAUUUAAACACAUGAUUUGCUUUACUUUAUUCUAAUCUCUUUCAAAUUAGUCUUUUUCCUUCUUUUUUUCCGAUUUAUACAUCACAGAAGACCCCCAAAAAAAAACAAUCAAUCGUUGGGUUUUGGAUCUAUCACAAAACAGAGUUUAAACAAUUUUUUUGUAUAUGAGAGAGAGACGCGAUACAUAAAUUUUCGGUAGUACCUUAUAUCAAGAUGGUGUACAUGAACCUAUUUGGUUAAAAAGAAUUUCGAAAUUUGCCAAGAAUUCUU